GGGUCGAUUGACUGAAUAUUUUGCCCUGAAGGAAAGUGACUUUUAUUGGAAUUCAUCUUUAUUCAUCAACUUUGAAAAGGUAUCACUCUUUCAGCAGUCACCGCUUGGCACACUACACAAACGUGCAAGCUCAUCGCUCAUUGUUUGCCCAGUGACAGUAAAGGUUGCGUUCUCUGGAUCUUCAACAAGUCUACAGUUACUGAAAGCUGAACUUAAAGGUUAAAGAUGCCUGACGGAGGAGACAAAGACCUGGAAGCGGUUGCUUCAAUGAACAAUGGAAGCAAGGGUGACCCGCCCUCUGAUAUGUCGUCUAGGGCUGACCUCACAAAGACGGGAGAUGACGACGAGGAGAUCGCCAGGGGUAACUGGGGUCAUAAGUUUGAUUUCAUGUUAUCCUGCAUCGGGUUUGCUGUGGGACUCGGCAAUGUGUGGCGAUUUCCCUAUCUGUGCUACAUCAACGGUGGAGGUGCAUUUCUCGUACCGUACUGCAUCAUGUUGCUGAUCGCUGGACUCCCAAUGUUCGUCAUGGAGUUGGGCUUUGGUCAGUUCGCAAGCAGGGGCUGCAUUACGAUUUGGACCAUCUCGCCCGUCUUCAAAGGUUUGGGAUAUGCCAUGUGUAUCAUCACAGCUCUGGUAGCCAUUUACUACAACGUGGUCAUCUCCUAUACGCUAUUCUACCUGUUCGCAUCCUUCACCACUGUCUUACCGUGGAGCGAUUGCAACAGAUCGUGGAAUACAGCUAACUGCGUGGUUUUAUCUGGUAAUGAUACCAACGGCACAGUGUAUCUCAACACUUCCACGAGACCCGCCUUGGAGUUUUGGGAUAAUUAUGUGCUGGACCGAAGUGAAGGUCUUGAAGACAUGGGUCCAAUCCGUUGGCAGAUGGCCCUCUGUCUGCUUCUUGCUUGGACUGUGGUGUUCCUUUGCAUCGUCAAAGGUGUCAAAUCAUCAGGAAAGGUGGUGUACUUCACAGCAACCUUCCCAUACAUUGUUCUGUGUAUUUUGCUGGUUCGAGGAGCUACACUUCCGGGGUCACUUCAAGGGGUCAUCUUCUACAUCAAACCGGAGUUUGACAAACUCCUCAGUGCUAAGGUGUGGAAGGAUGCUGCCGUGCAGAUCUUCUACUCACUUGGCCCAGCCUGGGGUGGUCUUCAUACCUUGUCCAGCUACAACAAGUUUGACAACAACUUCAAACGUGACGGUAUCAUCAUUGCGUUCACCAAUUGUGGCACCAGCGUGUUUGCUGGAUUCGCCAUCUUCUCCGUUAUUGGUUUCAUGGCUCAUGAUUCCGGAUUGCCGAUUGAAACAGUUGCUGAUUCAGGUCCUGGUCUUGCUUUUGUGGCUUACCCAGAAGCCUUAGCUCGUAUGCCCGUCGCUCCUCUGUGGUCUAUCCUGUUCUUCUUUAUGCUCUUCACGCUGGGUCUGGACAGUCAGUUCGUGAUGACCGAAACUCUGAUCACUGCCGUGACUGACGAGUUGAAAGGUUACUUCAGGAACAUCGCCAAGUGGAAGACGUUGAUCACUCUCAUCGUGUGUGUGACAUUCUUCCUUCUUGGUUUGCCGAUGACAACACGGGGCGGUAUAUAUUUGCUGACUUUAAUGGAUAACUAUUCAGCCGGAUUUUCUCUGCUUCUGAUCGCCAUGUUGGAAUGUCUGGUCAUAUCAUACGCUUAUGGUAUCAACAGGUUUGACAAGGAUAUGAAGGCCAUGGUGCCUUCAGGUCUCGAAUUGUACUGGAAGAUCUGUCUCAUGUUUUUGGCUCCAGUGGUCCUCGGAUUCAUCUUCGUCUUCUUCUGUUUGACGUAUGCUAAUCUGACCUACGGUGCAUAUACAUACCCUGAGUUUGGAGAGGCACUAGGUUGGUUGAUGGUCGUCGCUGCAAUAGUGCCAGUUCCAGUCUAUGCGCUCUUCUUUUAUAUCAAACGCGGCUAUGGCAACACCGCUCUCGAGUAUCUGAAGUCUGGUAUUGAGCCAGCUGAGGAGUGGGGACCAGCUUUGAAUGAAAACCGUCUCUUGGCAGGCUACAAACCACUACCGGGUACUAGCGGUAAAACAGGCAAUCUGGAGUUGGGACUCGAACAACCACCAACGUACACGAGCAUCUAUAACGGUCCACUGGAAGUUGGGUCAGUUACUCUAAAUGGAUAUUAAACCUCUUGCAACACUUACCAACCUUUUAGAUGUAGGCCUUAUUAUGCUGCUGAAACGUUUGAAGUUUCAUUUAUACCUUCCAAAAACAACGUGGUAUUUUUAAUUACUAACAAUGUUAUACGUUGUAGUAUAGUGUUUUAUAAACAUAAAAAAGACAAGCUGAACCAACGGCUGAAGUACGUGUCCUGUCACUGUCGCAGCAAAACCACUAAUAGACCUUUCCAUCACAGUGCAGCCAUCUUGGAUUUCUCCCAUUGAUAUCAAUGUUACCAAACCGAGGCUGGAAGAACAAAAUAGUCUGGUCCCUUAUUUCAAAAUUAUUUUUGGCAUCCACUAUUGUUUUUCAAUACAAGGAACAUGACCAAGAUGGGGGCAUCAUGAUAAAAGUCGUUUGGUGCAUGAUACGAUGUGUUCCUUGAUAUGUAUUUUUAAAACAGAGCAGUGGUAUCCACUGGAUUUAUGUCUGCAUUAAUGGGUGACUUUUAACAACUAUCUGGAUAUGUUUGUUAAAUUAAUUGUGUGUUUGUAAUUCGGAAUUUAACCAUUCUUCCAACUGAGCUGUAAAACGCAUGAUUACAGUUUCAAAUGAUGUAAGAUACGCGGGAAAACUAGUUUUAAAUACUCGUAUACAAUGGCUGAA